GCAUUAAGCCAGAAGAUAGCAAGAUCGCAGCGAUUAGAGAUUGGCCCACGCCACAUAUGAUAACAGAGUUGCGCUCGUUCCUGGGCUUAGCAAAUUACUACAGGAAGUUCGUGAGGAACUUCUCCACCAUCGUUGCGCCCCUUCGCAGAUUGCUAAGAAAAGAGACAAUCUAGAAGUGGGACAAGGACUGCACGUCUGCCAUGAAGAAGCUAAAGCAGGCGUUGAUAGAGUACCCGGUCCUUAAGGUCGCCGAUCCGUCCUUGCCUUUUGUCGUUACUACGGAUGCUAGCCAGUACGGCAUAGGCGCAGUGUUACAGCAAGACGAUGGCUAUGGCUAUAGACCCGUAGAGUUCAUGUCCGCUAGGAUGCCUUCAGAGAAGGUUGCGACAUCUACCUUUGAGAGGGAACUCUACGCUCUCAGGCAAGCAUUAGACCACUGGAAGCACUACUUGCUUGGGAGGCACUUCAAAGUCUAUUCGGACCAUGAAACGUUACGAUGGUUAAAGACCCAGGCCAAGAUGACACCUAAGCUUACUAGGCGGGCCGCAGAGAUAGAUCAGUACGACUUCGAGCUCAAGCCUGUUAAAGGGAAGUACAAUGUAGUCGCGGAUGCUCUGAGUAGGAGAGCAGAUUACUUUGGGGCAAUAGUACAUCACCUUGAUAUAGGAAAGGAUCUGCAGCAGAAGGUUAGAGAAGCCUACGCGCAGGACCCUAUCUAUAAUGAGCUCCUCACGCGAGUCAAGGAGGCCCCAGAGACCGUGUCGAACUACCGCACUACUGAAGGGUUGCUUUUUGAGAAGACUAAUGUUUUUGACCGAUUGUGCAUCCCCAAUAGACACGGAGGGUCAUUUUGGUUGGCAAAAGACCUUAGCCAAUCUGAUGCGCUCGUAUACCUGGCUAGGGAUGAAGAAUGACUGCGUAGAGUAUGUUCGCAGUUGUAAG